GUAUAAAACCAAAGACUCCCUCAUGACUCUUUCUUCUUCUUCACCAUAGCAACCAAAUACACAAAACUAUUUUCUAAAUCCUUAAAUUUUUUUAAAAUCUCUUCUCCUUCUUCUUCUUUUUUUAAUGGCGACGGGGAAGAGUUACUACGCUAGACCUAGCUAUCGAUUUCUCGGCACAGAUCAGCCGUCUUCCUACUUCGCCACCACCACAACCACCAACGAUUCCGGUCUCGAAUUCGACGAAUCAGAUCUCUACAACCAAAUCCACACCGAUUCACCGGAUUUUCGCCGCAAAAUCUCUGCUACACCAUCCAGAUCCGCUAAAAAACCAACGAAUCGUCCCUCCGCCGUGACAGCCGCGUCGUCGCUUCCGGUUAACGUGCCGGAUUGGUCUAAGAUUCUCCGUGGAGAGUACCGCGAUAACCGCCGGAGAAGCAUCGAGGAUAACGAUGACGAUUGCGAAGACGGUGGAGGUUGGUUGCCGCCGCAUGAGUUUCUGGCGAAGACGAGGAUGGCUUCGUUCUCGGUUCAUGAAGGAGUUGGGAGGACGUUGAAAGGAAGAGAUCUGAGUAGGGUCAGAAAUGCUAUUUUUGAAAAAAUUGGUUUCCAAGAUUAAUAAUAUCUCGAAACUUUUGGACUU